AUGGAAGAAAAUCAAGAUCGCGAUUAUUGUGACAAUAGACAGUACCAUAAUGUUAAAACUUGGCCAGGAAAGUGUUCUGCAUUCGAUCAAUCUCGUGAUACUCAUAAUAUUUUCAUUUCCGUUGCUGGCAUAACAGCUUCUGGUAAGACCUCUGUCACCAAAGCUCUUUCAAAAUCACUUUGUGUACCUUCCUUUCAUGAACCUGUACUGGAUAACAACUAUUUGCGCGAUUUCUACCGUAAUCCGAGGCGUCAUGGUUUUGCUGUUCAGGUUAAUUUAUUAAAUGCUCAUUUCCAGCAACAACAACAAAUAGUUUGGCAAGGUCGAGGUGGAAUUCAAGAUAGAUCUAUCUACGAAGAUCUUGUGUAUGCUAAGGUGUUAAAAGACACUGGGCUAAUGGAAGAAAGAGAAUAUAAUACUUACACAUCACUUUUUAACAAUUUAUCCAACUUUUUAAAGAGACCAAAUUUAAUCGUCUAUCUCGAUGUGACGCCUGAAGAAUGUAAGGCACGAAUUGAUAAACGCGGCUGUAAAGGAGAAUCGGGAAUUACUAUCGAAUAUCUAAAAUGUCUACAAAAAGGUUAUGAAGAAUUCAUAACAGAAAUGUCGCGUGUUCUCCCUGUAAUCAGAAUAAAAUACAAAGAACUCCAUUCUACCGAAGAUAUCGCGAAUAUUGUCGUAAGACUAACAGAGAAUGACACAGAAUGGAAAUAA